AAAUGUUGGCUUCCCAACAUCAUCAGGAACCAAUGAGAUCAUCAAAGCAGUCUUCUUCAACUUCGGUACCUGAAAAUAAAAAGUUAAAUGAAUGAAACACAUCGCAUAUUACACCAUUAUUGCUCGUAUCGGUGGCCCCAAGAAAAACCAGAGACGCCUUUAUCUGCAUGCCACAUACUCGUCAUGACUCAUGAUCCAUUAUGCAUUAUGUUUAUGUACAUACAGCUGUACACACUAUAGAAUAUAUGUAUGUUGCGUGUGUUUCCCUUAAAUUAUUAAUGAUACACAUUUAUUUCAGAAUUUUAUAUAUACAUACACGCAUAUGAAUCCUCACUCUAUAUUUUCUUGUAUCAGUAGAUAAAUAUUGGUUUGAUAAUUGCAACACUCUCUUCUUCUUUUUUGUACUUAAUUGCAAUCUUAAACUAGUUUUGAAAGGUGCACAAAAAAAAAACUAGUUUUGAAAUAUGCACAUAUAUUAGACUUUUGUGAUAAUUCUAUAAGUUUGAUUAAAGUUAGACUAAGGAGGCCUUAAACCGAACCAACUCAUCAGAAUUAAUGAUUUUGAUAUUCUAAUAAUGAAGAGAAAUAUUAAAAAUGUUUAUAGCUGAUUAUAAAAUGAUUAGAAGCUGGAUCAUACGGAUAUAAAAAUGGCGUAAGUAUUGGAAGCACAUGAAAACAUGUGCAACAAACACUGUCCCUCUCUUCAAUGCACUCAUUUUCUUUGUCUCCUAAUUUUUUUAAAAAUGUUAUUUUAGACAACUGAUUUUUGAAUGCUGGAGUGGGCACUAGACCCUCUUAUGCUUGGAAAAGCAUUUUACAUGGGAGGAAUCUGUUAAGCCAGGGUCUUGUUAAGAACAUUGGCAAUGGAAAAUCUUUUCGAGUUUGGAUUGAUGAUUGGAUUGAAGAUGAUGGCUGGCGUGCUCCUUAUAGGAGAAAUUAUUUCUUCAAUCCUGAUUUGAGAAUUUCUGAGCUCAUUGACUGGGAUAAAAGGAUUUGGGAUCCUCAGAAACUUGAGUUUCAUUUCCCUCCUUUGGAUAUUCUUAUAAUCAAUAAGAUCAAGCCAGUGACUGAACUUGAGGACUUUUAUUCAUGGAAACAUAAUAAGAGUGGCGAUUUUUCGGUAAAGUCUGCUUAUUGGUUAGCUUCCCAAUCUAGCAAUCUUCAGACUAGAAUUCUUGCUGAGCAGCUCCCAUCAACGAAUGACUUGAAAGCUCAGGUCUGGGCUCUUCAAACUGAUCCCAAGAUUCAUGUUUUCUUAUGGAAAGUUCUAUGUGGAGCUUUACCUGUGGCGGCUGCUCUUCUAGGCAAAGGAAUGAAAAUUGAUUUAAGAUGUCAGCUUUGUGGUGAUGAGGACGAAUCGGUGAACCAUGUUUUAUUCACAUGUUCCAUGGCUAGACAGAUUUGGGCUCUCACUGGCAUUCCUUCUCCAAGUUGGGGAUUUCAUAAUGGUUCUGUGUUCAAUAACAUUCAUUAUCUGUUAAUGAAUACUACGAAUACUCUUUGGCCACAUGAGUUAAGAUUAUCCUUUCCUUGGACUUUAUGGCGUAUUUGGAAGAAUAGAAAUCUUGCAUCUUUUGAAGGAAAAUGUUUUUCUCCUCUGGAAUCUGCUCAAAAGGUGAAAGAAGAUUGGACUGAAUGGGUUGAGGCUCAAAAGGGUGAUGAAGAAAUUGGGUUGGUGAAUGGACCUGAGACUCACGGCUUGUCUCCUCUCGGUCAUGGCAUUGGUAACAGAAGAUAUGGUUGGUCUCCUCCUCCUUUAAACUGGUUUAAGUGCAAUAUUGGUAUAUCUUGGUCCAACAGGAACAAGUUUGCGGGUUGUGCUUGGGUUUUGAGAGAUCACUUGGGGAAGGUUCUGUUACACAGUAGAAGAGCUUUUGUGAGGCUGUCUGAUAAGCAAGAGGCUCAUUUUAUAGGUUUAAUGUGGGCAAUUGAGAGUAUGCGGAGUCACAGAGUAGAAAAUGUGAUUUUUGGGCUGCAGGUGGAGUCUUUGGUUAAGGCUAUUAACAGACCUAUUGCUUGGCCUUCUUUUAGAUAUCAAUCUAUGGAGGCUGGUUUGGUUCUUAAGUUUUUUAGGCGAUGGAAAAUUAUUUUGGAAAACUCUUCUUCAAACAGGUGUGCUUUUCUUAUUGCGAAGAGUGUUACUAAUGAUUGUAGACUUCAAUCGUAUGUUACGGUUGGUCAUCCUUUUUGGCUUGAUGGUGUCUUCGCAGUGGAAAGAGCUUUGGCGUCUGAUUGAAUCUGAGUUUUUGUGGAAUCGGCUUCGGAAUGGUGAAGUGUAUUCCUUUGUAUUAGCCCAGCUUGUUUUAGUUUGUGGCUCCUUUUGGCCUGUGUUUUUUGAGUUGUAUUGCUCUUAUGCAUUGGUUUGGUUUCUCGGGGAUGUUAUUGUUUGUAGCUCUACAUCUCUUUCUAAUAUAAUUCCAGAUGACAAAAAAAAAAGACAUCUCAUCUGUUAAUAUUUUUUCGUUAACAAGGUUUGUAUAUCCCCACUCUCUCCAUAAUUUGGUCAUAAUUUUUUGGGGAUUAAGACUCUUAACUUUAUCUAUGAAGAAAUCUGGUUCAAUAAAAGACAUAUCUUCAUUGGGCCACUAAGUUGUUAGGUUUUGUUAUAAUUGUCAAACUGCUUUAUAAAUAUAAGAUUUAUUUAAUGUUUUAAGAAAAAGUUACUCAAAUCACCACAAAUUAGAAAAUUACUAAAC